AAAGAGGAAGGACGUCAAGAGGAUCAACUUAACCUGAUCUAUGGAUAGCAUCGAGGACGCGUUAAGUAACACUGCCGAGGCUCUUCUAGCCGCUAAGUAAAUCGUACCCCACAGUUUAGGACAGUGUCUCCCCGAAUCCUAGGUACAACUAUGAUGCUUUCAGGUUGAAGGAACAUACAAACCUCGAUUAGUAUCUGCAGUUGAUUCUCUAGUUCCAAUUUGGAACGAAGGAUAGGUAUCAAAACCUGACUAUCCGCAUUGGUCUUUAGCAUCUGUUGCUGGUCAACAAAAGCUUUUUUUAGUCUUAUCGUUUCGAGCCAGCGUGCUUUUUCCUGCGCUCUGCGAGACUAGAAUUGCCGCGCGAAGCAAAGAAAGUCGAUAGGCAUUGACAUCAUAAAGUCAAGCGACAUGUCCUCUCAGUCUUCUGAACAGCCUUAUCUGUCCAUUGCGCGGCGGAAACAAGAUCAACUAGACGCCUGCAUUCCGCCAGAAUGGCGACUGCCAGCGCAUUUAAUUCCUCAAAGCAUGCUGUCACCGGCUGACUCGAUCACCAGAGCCAGGGAGUAUGGCAGAGUCACUGUGAUUGGUGUUCCUCGCACAUGUGGUCUCUUAACCUCCAAAGAGAUAGAGAUUACAGAGAAAUGGGACGCUAAAGGACUGCUGGAAGAGGCGGCUCGUGGACGGCUCAGUGCAGAGGAAGUUGCGACGGCGUUUUGCAAGAGAGCAGCUAUUGCUCACCAGCUUACGCGUUGUUUGACGGAGCCCUUGUUCACAAGCGCGAUCAAGCGAGGAAGGGAGCUUGAUGAGUAUUUGAAACGCACUGGGAAGACAGUCGGUCCGCUCCAUGGUCUACCAGUUUCCGUUAAGGACGGUUUCAAUGUCAAAGGGGUGGACUCUAGCAUUGGCAUCGCGGCUCUUGCGUUCAAGCCUGCCAAGGAAAACGCGCCUCUGGUGGACCUGCUCCUAUCUCUAGGUGCCAUUAUAAUCGCAAAGACCAAUAUACCCCAGACGCUGGGCGCCCUCGACAGUUGCAACAACGUUUUUGGACGCACUCUCAACCCGCUAAACCGCCAACUUACCGCUGGUGGUAGUUCUGGCGGCGAGGGUGUCCUGCUAGCGAUGCGUGGAUCGAUGGUUGGCUUUGGAACAGAUAUCGGUGGCAGCAUUCGCAUCCCUGCCAUGUGCAAUGGCCUCUACGGGUUCAAGCCAAGCAGUGGACGUGUUCCGUAUGGCGGCCAGGAGAGCGGUCAAUUGAACGGAAAAUGGCGUGUAGCCUUGCAACCCGUAGCAGGGCCAUUGGCGCGAUCGAUUGAAGAUAUUGAUGUUGUCAUGAAGGAGAUUGUCCCUCGAGCGGAACUCUUUGGGGAAGAUUGCAUUCCCGGGAAAUGGGAGAGUGAGACGGCAACAAAGCUCCAUGGCAGUUCUCGCAAGUUUACGGUCGGGAUCCUUCGAACGGAUGGCAUUGUCGAGCCUCUCCCGCCUGUCGCAAAGGUUUUGGACGAAGUAGCACAAGUACUUCGCCAGACUGAAGGUAUCGAGGUGGUCGAAGUCCCAGUCCCUCCUAUCUUCAAGAAAUGCCAGGGCCUAGCCGGUCGACUCAUGGAUGUCGAUGGCGGUGCAAACAUGAUGGAUUUGCUUGACCGCACUUCUGAACCAUUGAUCCCAUGGCUGAAAGGCAGAGUGGGACGGAGAGACCCGAUUUCAGUGACACAGCUAUAUCAGCUUCAAGCAGAACGGUCGAGGAUUGAAAAAGAGAUGCUCAAAAUAUGGACAACAACCGGGAGAAGUGAUGUUGAUGACGACAGUCGUGAAAGACGCAUCGAUGCGAUCAUAUGCCCGGUCGCUCCUCACCCUGUUCCAGAGAUUGAUCGGUACAAUGCUGUCGGAUAUACAUCGAGCUUUGUCCUCUUGGACUACCCAGCUGGUACGCUACCCGUGCGGCCAUUUAAGGAGUCUGAUCUAGAGAUCGGGAAGGAAAUGGCCGCGCAGGUUCUAGGAAGCUGGGACAAGAGAAACAGGGAACUCUGGAGCGAAAAGACGGUCGAUCGCAGAGUGUACCUGGGCUCCCCGCUUAGUGUUCAAGUGGUGACGCCCAAACUGCAUGAUUAUGAUUUGGUUCAGGCGAUGCAAAUAAUCGAUAGAGCUCUACGAUGUCACGGGGGUGAAGUGUCUAGAGCUAAGCGCGGCGAUUCCAAGCUUUGAAUCUUGGUACUUAGAGGAAGCGCCGUUCCGUUAGACUAGAGAAGACCGUCGAAAUGUCAGCUUUGGUGUGUAUCGCGGCUAUAGCCUAUAUUUGGAAAUGAGUUUUCUUUG